AUGCUUGAGACUAGUGGAGACAUAAAAGUAACUUUCUCUUUAAAUAGCAUUCAAGAAGAAAAUUCCAUAUGUAUAGAUGAGUAUUUGGAGCAAGGUAUAGAAGAUGAUCAAGAUGAUAUAGAACUAGGUCCCUUUGUAUCUUCAGAAUCAUUGCCUAUGGAUUUUUACACUAUUUCGCAGAUUAGCAAAAAUAAGAACAGGCAUACUGCCUUUUCUAUUUAUCAGAAAAAAGAAAGUAUAUUGUACGAAACUAUACUGAUUACAAACCAGUGGUGA